AUGCUCCCCCGCACCGUCCUCGCGCGACGCCUGCCCCGCCCUUCCGCGCUGAUUGUCCACCUACAUCACCUCCGCCCACAAUCCACUGCUUCAGUUGCUUUCUCCCAACCCGCUCAAACGUCUCCUCCACCAGCACCGACACCUAGACCUUCACCCGUCCCACAUAACCCUCCCCCUACUUCCAAGCCGGCCCAAAAUGCCGCGCCGCCCCCAGGCAAGCCGCGGCACCCAAAGUCGUGGCUCACGAAAAAGCUCGAGGCCAACCCCGCUGCGAAGAGCGCGUUCCUGAAGAUGAUGGGCAUGCUCGGCUACGGCAGUGCGAAGCAAGUCGCAGGGAGGCGCGCGUUCCUCAUGUAUGAGCGACUAUGUGUCGUCCGUCCGGAUGAGGAUAGAAUGUUUUGGCAGGAAGAAUGUCACCUACCACCGACAUUUCAGUCGUGGUUCACCGUCGUGAACCUGCACGUCUGGCUCCUAACUGUGCGGCUACGCGCCCUUCCACCGCCACACGGGAUGAAUCACAUCCAAGCGCUGAUUGACCACUUCUUCCUCGACAUCGAGGACCGGGUGCGCGCAGUGCUACAGCCGGCGUCGCCGGCCUCGUCAGUGCCGAUGACGCCGUACUCGCAGGGCCCGUACACGCCUACGACGGAGUUCUACACUAUUGCGAACGCGGACGCACAAACUGAGAAGCGCGCGCGCGCUCCGGAGCGGCUCGUCACAACGCAGAUGAAGAUCUUCCGCGAGCAGUGGGCCGGCAUGGGCCUGUCGUUCGACGUUGGGCUCCUCCGCGGUGACGCCGAAAUGGCCGGCGCGAUUUGGCGAAACUUCUUGGGCGCGCGGGGAGCGCGGGGCAUCAUGUAUCCCUCGGCGGGAGAGGAGAAGCCGUUCUUUAGACGGACGGUGAACCUCGCGGGGGGGGAGGUCGAGAAGGUGCGCGGGCCGCUAGAGGCGGAGGAGGCGCGCGAUGACGGGUCGGGUGUGCACGACUAUGCACCGACCGAGGUGGACAGGUACGUCGCGUACCCGGAGCUGAUGGCAGCGCUCGUGGCAUAUAUCCGCCGGGAGCUGAUGCGGCUGGAGCGUAUACCGGACGCACAGAUUCUUGGUCCCGGCAUGGUGGGGCGGGAUGGAGAGGGCGUGCGGGAUCUGAGGUUCGGGCGUGUGAGGGAGGGAGGCGUGCUGCGGCCGUAA